AAGAGCAGCAGCGACUCAAGCGCCUGCUGGAAGCCUCGUUUGACGGAGUGCUAAAGGAAGUCCUGGCCGUUCUCAAGGAGGUCUCCGAGAGGGACACGGAGAACGGCGUGGGGUUCGACGAGGCGGGAAGACGCCAGCGGCGGCUGAGCCAGCUGCGCGCGGUAAACACAACAGACGCCCAUGGCAACAGCGCCGUGUCCGAGGCGGCGGCCGGCGGUCAGACGCAUAUUAUCACCCUGUUGGCGGCGAAAGGCGCGGACGUUAACGCCAGGGGUGCGUUCGGCCGAACGCCGCUCUUCAGAGCUGCCUUUGGCGGCCAUUUGGAGGCGGUGCAGACUCUGCUGCAGCUGGGCGGGGAUCCCAGGCUCCGGGCGGGGGACGGUUGUACUCCAGAGCAGGUUUACUUGAUCUGUACCGGAUUUGUGGCGCCAGAAGAGUCUGUGGCAGGUGUACUGCGUGGCUGGGACCUGAGCCUCACCGACUCCAUGCUGACCACCAUGGAGGCAGAGACACAGCGGAGAGCAGAAGAAGAGCAGAAGCACGAGGGGGCUUUGACUGAUGGUCUCAAGCAGGGGCUGGAGCUGGUCCAGAAGGAACACGAGCGGUGCCAGAGAGAGCUGCAAAGGGCCCGCACCCAGCUGAGCAAGCGGAUCAGUGAGCACGACGCCUGCUCCGGGAAGGGGAUGGAGCCGGCAACCCUCACAGUCACCCUGCAGACGGUUCACGGUGCCGAAGGCGUGCUGUCAGACGCCCGGGAGGCAGCCCGCCGCGCCUCGGAUCAGCUUUCCCUCGCCAAGUUGUCAGUCAGAGAGCGCUCUGGCGGAGGUACAGGCCUGCGCUGUGCACAUCACGACGCAAUCACGGCAUGUGGCCGUUCUGUUCUGCGCCUCGGUUGGUCGUUAAGGUUUUGCGUGACUUUAGAUUCCGUCCCGGAGAACGGAGGCGUGCUCUGCCGCGUGCGAGAUCUCGACGACGUUCUCUUCAAAGACGUCGGAGGCAAGAUCAGACAUGACGGCAGGUGGCCCCUGGUGGUGGACCCCGGCGGUCAGGCUGCCUCGUUCCUCCGCUACAGAGACACCAACUACCUGGACGCCGUCAGCCCUGGGGGCCUGCAGGCUGACCGGCUGAGGGUCUCUCUCCUGGGGGCUAUCAGAUUUGGUAAGCCCCUGGUCAUUGAUAUGAAGGAGGCGGAGCUGUUUGCCUCGGUGCUGAGUCAGCUGGACCAGGUCAUGCCAGGACUCGGCAAAGAAUUGUUUAGUAAGGAACUUCUCCGGAAGGAAAGGUAUUUGAGCUUAGUCCGCUCCUCUGACGGCCCAAGUUAUGCCAGAACUGAAUUCCGGUCGGACCGCAUUGAAAACUUCGCCCUGAUAAUUAUUACUAAACAGCGCCACCCACAGGAACAUUUACUAAAAACAUUCUACCCCAUUGAGGUCGAAAGCUAAUUGUAACCUUUAGUAAGUAGUAACACACAAUGACAGUUUCCGACAUGUGUGGAAACCAGUUUCUGUUGCAACCGUUUUUUUUGAUUUAAUGCUAACGUUUAUAGCAACACCACAAACCAGCAAUAAAUCAAAUGUGUCAUAACACUUUGGAAUGUAUGAUUCAGUGGCCGACCCUUUGCACUGGUUAACCAUUAAAAUUUUUCUUUCAUUGAUUGCAACUAUAUAAGUUGUUUUGUUCAACAAUGUCUAUCUAUGUUAUAAUUAUUCUAUUGUAAUUGUAAUGUUAUUUGUAUAGCCCUUAAUCACACUCACAGUCUCAAAGGGCUUAUCAGGCCACAUAUAUAUGACAAAACCCUAGCCCUAGCCCCCAAUAGGGGAAGAAAAUAGUCCCUUAAGAAGCGAGGUGGGAUUCUUGAGAAGGAACGCAGGGUGGGGGAUCCCUCCUUCCAGGGAUGGUUUGGAGUGCAUUGAGUGCCGUAAGUGACACACAUACAAGCUAACAUAUUAUAUAAUUUAGUUAAUAACAAUUCAUUGAAAUAGUGUCUAUGGUGAGCGCAUGCUGGCCGGUUACUUACACUGAUACAGCAAUUAAAGAACAGAAUAUGUUAUACAAUUAAGUAUUAAUAAUCCAUUUGACUACAUACAGUAUAUUUACCACAUAAAGAGUAUUGGUGUAUCUUAUAUAUUGAGACCUUAUAGUCAUUUUGUAUGGUACCUUCUGUAGGGUUUCUCUCCUGUUUAGUUACGGAUAACCAAUGGUGACAGGCUGGCCAUAUUUACACACACACUGACUCUGGUCAAUCUGCUACCUGGGGCUUUCUUUGCGGCUCAAAGUCAAGUUUACAUUGUGCCGACCUGGUUUGGUAGGUGGCGACACUUGCUAAUGGAGUGUGUUGCCUAAUAGGGUGUAGUAGGCAUUUUUUGGUCAUCAACACACAACAAUGACAUAACAUAAUUAAGAAUAGCAUGCUGAUGAAGCCUGUGUAGAAAGCAGGACAGAUGUCAUGGUUCUCUAACUCACCUAAGGUACACCUAAACGGAAUACCUGACUUCUGCUUUGAUUCUACUUCUGUUGUACUUACUCAAACUAUUCAGCAACUAUCCUAUGUCAGCCCACUUCACAUCGGUACGGGGUGGCUAAUAUAUAAUUGGCCUUAGAAAUGUGCGUGAGUGUUUGUUUGCGUGUGUUAUUUUUAUUUAUAAUAUGAUACUUCACUGUAUGAAAUAGAAUAACCUAUUUACCAAAUGGCAUGCCAACCACUAGAUGGCCUCAUGGUGUUGGGCAGAAGACGGAGCCAGACUGGACCACCUCAUGUGGUUUUUAAACGACCAUUCCUCUAAAUCAUUCCGGAGUCGGGAUUAUGAAAAUACAACCGCGGCUCCCGCACACGCUCUAUGAACCAGAGGUCCUUCUGAAAGACGCACACGUGGACUUACUGUACGCAAGAGGAGGCCGGUCGUCAGGGCAACCAGACGUCAGGCUGGCUCACAGCAGCCAUGGAUGGUGCAGCAGGGCCCCCAGGGCCAGGCGGCCCCCAGCCCUCUUGUUAAGACACCUCUUCAGGAAGUCCUUGCAGUCUGGAGGAGAAACGACCCGGGUUACAGUGGCGUCAACCCCUGG